UAGAGGAGAGUGAGAUGGCAAGAAGGAAUGGAUUCAAGGAACUGGUGUUGCCAACCAUAGCCAUGGCUGCAGCACAGUGCUCUACGGUAGUCGUUAACAUUCUAGUGAAAGCUGCUUCUUUGAAAGGGAUGAACUACUUCGUCUUCGUUGCCUACUGUUAUAUUUUAGGCACCCUUGUUUUCCUCCUUUUAGCCUCCAUCUUUAACAGGAAAACAGUGCUCCCUCCAUUGAAGUUCCCUCUUUUUUGCAGAAUGUUCCUUCUUGGAGUUCUUGGGUAUGGGUUUUCAUUCCCCUUUUAUGUUUGUUUAAUGAUUUUCAUUUCCCGUGAAUUCGUUUCAUCUUUUCGGAGACAGGUUCUCAUCUCAGUUACUUGGGUGCAAAGGCUUAGAACUUGGUUCCGCAACUCUUAG